UCAGCUUCUUUACACAACAUUGAAGCUUGAAGGAUGACAAUGUCCUCCAAUCCUGUAUCGGAAGAGGAAAAACAGGCUCGCUUGCAAAGAUGGGUCAAUCGUCUUCAAAGCUUGCCUAGUAUUGCCCUGCCUACCGAUUAUCCAAGACCUGCAACAUCACAAAUCGUUCAAGCGGUAAACUCUUUACAUCUCUCCUCUAAAGCACGCACUGCAUUGGUCCGUCUUGCUGUUCAUCAUGAUAUAGAGACAGAUGCGGCUUCGUUCGAUGACGAUGACGAGGAAGAACAAGAUACACAACAAUCAACAAUUUCAGACAAUGCACCUCCUUCUCCUUUUCAUUUGCUUUUAGCCGCUUUCGUUACUAUCUUGCAUCGAUACACCGGUGAUACAGAUAUCGUCGUCGGUUCAUCAUCGCCUUUGACUGGAGAGCCAAUCAUCUUGCGAAUUCCUAUCGAGCCCGUCGAUCCCUUCUGGCAAAUCGUACGUAGGAUACAACAAGUGGAGCGGGAAGCUGCUGAUGAUGCGAUCGCUUACGAUGAUAUUGUAGACAAAUUGGAACAAGGCAAAGAUGCAAGUACAGCAACUCCAAGUGCACCGAUCUUCCGCGUUCGCUUCUUUGAUGAAACUGGUGCAGGACAGAGGUCAUUCUUGCAAAAUACAAGUUUAACAACUGAUCUGACUGUAUUUGUUACAAGAUUGGGCCCAAAGGGAGAGGUAAAGAGUGAUCUCGCUUCUAGCACAAGCACAGUCAAAGCAGAAAAUGUCGUUCACAGCUCUCCUUCAUCGCAAGCACCAUCUAGAGGUUCAGUCGUGCCUGAUCUAUCGCUGCAAGUAUCCUACAAUGCUCUGUUAUUCUCCAAUAAUCGAACCAAGCUAUUAUUGGCACAUAUGUCACACGUAAUCACUGCUGCUUCUCUUAACCCUUCUGCAUUGGUAGGGACUGUUGGUUUACGUACUGCAAACGAAGAUGCCCUAUUGCCCGACCCUCGUAAAGACUUGGAUUUCUGUGGCUUCCGCGGAAGCAUCACCAGCAUCUUCGAGCACAAUGCUAAACAACAUCCCGAUAGACGCUGUUUGAUCGAAUCCCUACCACCACUAGACACCACCUCUAUCGAUCUGCCGCCACCUGCUAGCCGUGUACGUGAAAUCACAUAUGCUCAACUCGAUGAAGCAAGUAAUAUUCUAGCUCAUCACCUCAUCCAAGCCGGUGUACAACGAGAAGAAGUGGUUACCGUUUAUGCUUAUCGUGGCGUGGACCUUGUAGUGGCUGUCAUUGGAACAUUGAAAGCAGGAGCCACAUUCAGUGUGAUCGAUCCUGCCUAUCCGCCAAGCAGACAAAACAUCUACUUGCAAGUUGCCAAGCCUCGCGCUCUCGUCGUGUUGGCUAAAGCUGGUACAUUACACCCAUCCGUGCGUAAGUGCAUCAAAGAGGAGUUGGAUAUCCGUACAGAAGUGCCAGCAUUGGAAUUGCACGAUGAUGGAACAUUGACUGGAGGAAACGGUGACAAUGGCCAAGAUGUUCUCUCAGCAGCUCAAGCAAAGGCAAAACAAAGCACAAAUAUGCUUUUGGGUCCUGAUAGUGUGGCCACGCUCUCGUUCACUUCAGGUUCAACAGGUAUCCCUAAAGGUGUACGUGGACGUCAUCACAGCUUGACACACUUUUUCCCUUGGAUGGGCCAACGAUUUGAAUUAGGCUCUCAUUCUAGAUUUACAAUGUUGAGUGGUAUUGCUCACGAUCCGAUCCAACGUGAUAUCUUUACACCUCUCUUUUUCGGUGCUGAGUUGCACAUCCCUACGGCUGAUGAUAUCGGCACACCUGGCAGAUUGGCCGAAUGGAUGGCUGCUACAAAAGCAACAGUGACACAUUUGACACCUGCUAUGGGUCAAUUGUUAUCCGCACAAGCAACUGCUCAAAUCCCGGAUUUGCGUAAUGCCUUCUUUGUUGGUGAUAUUCUUACCAAAAGAGAUUGUACACGAUUACAAGCUUUAGCACAGAAUGUUCGAAUCAUCAACAUGUACGGAACAACGGAAACUCAACGUGCUGUGAGUUAUUUCGAAAUUCCAGAUAUUGCUGGCAAACCAACAUUCUUGACUACUCAAAAGGAUGUCAUGCCAGCAGGUCAAGGUAUGAUCGAUGUUCAAUUAUUGGUCGUCAAUAGAAAUGAACGUACAGCAACAUGUGCUGUCGGCGAGGUUGGUGAAAUCUACGUUCGCUCAGGUGGACUUGCAGAGGGAUACUUGGGUCCAGCCGAAGUUACUGCAGAGAAAUUCGUCCCGAACUUCUUGGCGAAAGAUGUCAAAUUUGAAGAUACGCUCGCCAGCAAGCCAGAAGGACAAUUCUGGAAAGGCGUUCGUGAUCGUAUGUACAGGACAGGAGAUUUGGGUCGUUACUUGCCAGACGGAACGGUAGAGUGUACAGGUCGCGCUGAUGAUCAGGUCAAGAUUCGUGGUUUCCGUAUCGAAUUGGGCGAGAUUGAUCUUCACUUGAGCAGACAUCAACACGUACGUGAAAAUGUCACCUUGGUCCGACGUGAUAAAGACGAAGAAAAGGUGCUCGUCAGCUACUUUGUACCCGGUCCAGGCGCAACUUCCCUGCAAGAAGCCAGUGAGAGUGAAGAUGACAGCAAAGCACAAACAGGCGCAUCAAUCACAGCCAAAGAUCUUGCUCGUGGUAUGCGUAGACACAGACAAUUAAUUAAGGACAUUCGUGAUCAUUUGAAGAAGAAAUUGCCAGCAUACUCUGUUCCUACCCUCUUCGUGCCUUUGUUCAAGAUGCCUUUGAACCCCAACGGAAAGAUUGACAAGCCUGCUUUGCCUUUCCCUGAUACAGCAUUGGCCAAUGCUGCAUUGUCAUCAUCUUCCACAGCUCGUACCAAUGGCCAAACAGAUGGAUCUGCAAGUGUCAAGAAAGAGCUUACCGCAACAGAAGAGCGUAUUGCUGGAUUGUUUGCCGACCUAUUGCCUUCUUGCCCACGCCCGGUACCUACAGACGAAUCCUUCUUUGACUUGGGAGGUCAUUCAAUUCUAGCAACUCGAUUGGUAUUCGCAAUGCGUAAAGCAUUUGUGGUUAAUGUUCCACUCGGUGUCGUUUUUGAAAGCCCUUCGGUCAGCGCACUGGCAAGUCAAGUAGACAAAUUGAAAUCGGCCGAUUUGCAAAUCGAUUCUGAUGCAAGUGUAGUGGCAUCUACUUUGAGUGGAAGUAAACCUGAGGGAGCAAAGACAAAUGCCGAAGGGCAAACAUUAAACGAUGAAGACUACGAUAAAGAUGUCGGUGUUUUGUCCGGCUCACUUCCUGACUCUUUCACCGCUGCUUCACCUGCAAAACCACAUCAACAGACUGUCUUGUUAACAGGUGCAACUGGAUUCUUGGGUAUCUUCAUCUUAAGGGAUCUACUUGUCAAGCGUCAGGAUUACGUUGCAAAGGUAAUCGUGCAUGUCCGUGCAAAAGACAAAGAAUCAGCUCUUUCACGACUACGAACCAUCGGUGAAGCACGUCAAUGCUGGAAUGAAGAGUGGGUCACUGCUGGUAAGCUAGACAUUGUCAUUGGUGAUUUAGCUGCCGAUCGUUUAGGCAUGGACCGUUCAACUUGGUCAACAUUGGCACAAGAAGUCGACGCUGUCAUUCAUAACGGAGCAUUGGUACACUGGGUUUAUCCAUACAAGAGCUUGAGGGCACCAAACGUUCUAUCAACCUUGGCCUGCAUCUUAUUCUGUGCAAGCGGAAAGCCAAAGACAUUGACAUUUGUCUCUUCAACAUCUGCUCUUGAUUCGGAUCAUUAUGUUCGCUUGUCCGACAGUAUCAUUCAAUGUAGUGCUGCCAACGAUACUUCUGUUGAUCGUUCCACCGCUUUGGCCGGUGUUCCAGAAACAGAUGAUCUGCUUGGAAGUGCAAAAGGAUUGAAUGUGGGUUAUGGACAAUCAAAGUACGUAUCCGAACGAUUGAUCAUGGUCAGCGCCGCACGGGGUCUGCGUGCAAGUAUCAUCCGACCUGGUUAUGUGUUGGGAGACAGUGAAACUUCAGUCACGAACACAGACGACUUCAUCUGGAGAUUGGUCAAGAGUGGUACUCAAUUGGGCUUGGUGCCAGAUAUCCACAACAGCGUAAAUAUGACACCUGUUGAUCAUGUUGCUAGAAUUACAGUUUUGGCAUCUUUGGAGACUGCCAUGAUCGAGAAACAAACACCUGGAACGGCAGCAAGGGUUUACCAUGUGACUGGUCAUCCUACUGUGCGAUUCAAUGAUAUGCUAAAUGCACUUCAAACCUACGGUUGGAACGCCAAGACGAUCGAAUAUGUUGUUUGGCGUACAAAGUUGGAAGAACACGUAUUGGGUGGCAAUGCAGGAGAUGCAGAGGGAGAAGAACAAAAUGCACUUUUCCCUCUGUUGCACUUUGUCCUUGAUGAUUUGCCAACUUCUACUAAAUCUGCUGAAUUGGACGAUAGACAUACACAAACCCUUUUGCAGUCAUUCGGCGAACAAGAUGUCGUUCAAGGUGUCAACCCUGAUGUUUUGGCUCGUUAUUUGGCCUGGUUGGUGGCUGUCGGCUACCUGAAGAAGCCCGAGAAGCAACCUGGUCAGCCUAUCAAUGGAGACGCAAGCAGUUCAGAAACGGUCAAAGCAUUGCCCAUUGUCAAUGCAUCUAAGCAUGCUGCAAUCGGACGAGGAUCAGCGAAUUAAAAGCUCGAGUCGUGCACUUUUGUACUUUUUUUAUUGUUAUCAAAAUAAACUUUACUCUAGAUUUGAAUAAAAAUAC